GUUCUGUGUAUCAUAUCGUGUGGGCUUUGUAUUUCUGUAAGUCUAAUAACACUGUACACACAACUAACAUAUUAUUUCUCGUCUUACACUUUCAGGAACUUGACUGACAUCUGUGCUUUGCCUGUGUGCAGAAGAAGAAUAAGGACCAGAUCUCCAGUCUUCUCUCUCACAUCCCAACCCCCCCAUCCCCUCUAUCCUCUGUACAGCUCCACCUGUUGUCUCUGCCUUCCUUCUAUCAUUAUUUCACCCUGUGGUUUGUGAGAAAUUUUGCCAAACCAAGAAUCUUAUUGCGGUUUGAUUUCAAAGCCGCGUCUCUAAUUUUAGAGUUCGAAGGAACUCUAAUUCACGGUUUAAUUGGGAUUUCCCAGCCGUGUCUUUCCUGCUCUGUCUGUUCUCUCUGCUAAAUUUUCUCUCUACCUGUUUUUCACUCCUGGCUUGCUGCUGAAUAAUGGCAAGCCAAUAAAGCAAUAAAGAGUGCAUAUUUUGCCUCAACCUAUGAACAAACUGAACAAACAAAGAAAACUCUGCGGUUUGAUUUCAAAGCCGCGUCUCUAAUUUUAGAGUUCGAAGGAACUCUAAUUCACGGUUUAAUUGGGAUUUCCCAGCCGUGUCUUUCCUGCUCUGUCUGUUCUCUCUGCUAAAUUUUCUCUCUACCUGUUUUUCACUCUUGGCUUGCUGCUGAAAAAUGCCAAGCCAUUAAAGCAAUAAAGAGUGCAUAUUGCCUCUACCUGAGAACAAACUGAACAAAUAAAACUCUAAUUCACGGUUUGAUUGUGAUUUCCCAGCCGUGUCUCUCCUGCUCUGUCUAUUCUCUCUUCUAAAUUUUCUCUCUACCUGUUUUUCAUUCUGGGCUUGCUGCUAAGUUGUGCCAAGCCCAUAAAGAGAGUGCAUAUUAUUCUCUCGACUGACAAAAAAACUGUCAAACAAACAAAGACAUCUGUUUCUGAGAAAUAAAAACUGAAAUAUAAAGACAAAGACAACAUCUCCUGGUGUGUGCCACUCUUAUUUUUUGAAUAUAUUUUCUAAAGACUAAGAGAAACACAGGUGUGUAAAAAUGCCAAGGAAGCAGAAAAAGUCACAAGCUGCAAAACGACGCUGGAAGAAGUUCCAUGAGUUUCACAGUGUACCAACAUGUGAACAAGCUGAGUGUGAUUUUCUUCAGAGCUCUGCAGAAGACAGUGUGUCUGCAAAGACCAAUGCUGAUGGUGUCAGACCGGCAGGUCAACAUGUUCCUGCACAUGUACAACAGGUAUCCUAUGCUGAUGCUGUAAAGAGUGGACUGCAGCAUGAAUUUAAUGAACAUCAGGUAAACCACAGAGACCAACAUAAGGUGUCAAGUGCCCCACAGGUCGGUUAUGCCAAUGUUGUGAAAAGAGGCCAUCACAGUGAUGUGGCAGGGCCAUCUCAUGCAGAAACAGUGAACCUUGAAAACCAGCCCUCUGUAACACAUGUCUGCGCAUCUCACAGCCAGGCACAUCCUAAAUAUGGAGACUCCAGAAACAAGCAGUGCACAUGUAAUUCACUCACAUUUCUUGCAUUCCUUCAUGAGAAUGAAAACAUGACUACAGCUGACCUUAAUCUUGUCUUGGAUAAAGGUGAUGUGAUGUACAAAGAGGCCAAGAAACGAUUUCCUAAAAAUAUUCAUUUGGCAACCGAUGAGAUGCCAGACAAAGUUGAUGCUUGCAGGUCUAUGUAUCAUGUCGACAUGACACAGCCUUCCCGGUAUGGGACAUUUGAAGAACCUCCAGAGGAAGCAGUAGAUACCUUUCUCAGCUUAGAAGCAGGACUGAGCUGCCUGUUGUCAGAUGUGCAGUAUGCCUUACUGAUUAUGAGUGGAUUGUGUAUUGCAGUGUUCAGAUCCACAUCAGGCAAAUAUGGUUUCUUUGAUCCACACUCCAGAACACCCAGUGGUCUUCCUCUACCACUAUGGUCACGUAAUCGUGGUACAGCAGUGAUGCUGAAAUUCACACUCCUCAGUGACAUGAUUAAGAGGAUCCAAGAAUCUUAUGAAAUGAUGGAGAUAUCACCCUCUUGUAACUAUGAGCUGAAGCCUGUGCAGUUCUACAGUAUGAGCACAGUCAACCUGAGUGAAACUAUCUCAGACACAGUCUGCAGACCAACAGCUUCCACUGCUGUGGCACCUACUCACUCUGAUACAAAUGUUGAUGAAUAUAAGGAUGUGAGCAUCAGAGAUGAUGCUGAGCUGUGUGAUCCAACACUUCCUGAUGAAGAUGAUGAGGAGGAGGAUGAUGAAAACAUGAAUGAGGACGAUUACGAUGAGGCUGAUUUAAUGGAAAUUGACAGCUAUGAGAGAUGA